AUGGCAACGUCGACAGAUCCUCAGCCUCAAGGCCAAGCCAACCCAUUCAAGCGACGCCGCCAGAACCCCGUCUCUUGUCAGUUCUGCCGGGAGAAGAAGCUCAAGUGCGACCGGCAGAGCCCAUGCUCGAAUUGCUUCUACAGAGGCCUCUCCUGUGGCAACGAGCCGAAACCCCAACCCAGAAGCGCAUCCGACGUCGUGGACAACACGAUCAUCUUGGAGCGGCUGAAGCGUCUGGAGAGCACAUUCCUCAGUCUAGAGACCCGUCUCCAUUCUCGCGACGACCUUGACCGCGUCGCUCGACCCGAAGUUCUUCAAGGGUCUGCUGGCGUGUGGCCAUGGCCAUCCUCCGCGAAGCCAGCUGCGUUCGCCACCCAAGAUGGUCCGGACAGGCACAAGGACAUGCAUUUCUACCCGACACCAGCAUCAGAAUACGCCGAGGCCGUGCAGAAUCUUGAAGGAACCGGCUUGCGACGUGAUCCCUGGCUUCCCAUGGGCGCACUCGAUGUCGAAGUCAGAGUGGCUACCGCUCAACACAUUGCUUUGCUCAACUCCGACCCCGCCUUACGAGAGCUGCUGGUCAAGAAGGCGACCAUCACCUGCGCACUGCCCGACAAAGCCGAAGCCGUUCUUCUCCUCGACUACUACAAGGACUAUCUCGAUGGUCUCCAACCUAUCCUACACAUACCCACUGUACACGAACACCUGGACCAAUGCUAUACUGACAUCUCACAAGGCCAGCAAGCAAAUCCGAGUAUUCUCAUGCUGCUGUUGAGCAUAUUCGCGAGCGCCUCAGCCAUGAUGUCGCACCAUCAAGGAGAGGAGACCUCGCCAAUCUCCCAAUCGGAUGCGACUCAUCUGUCAACGUACUGGACCGGCUGUGCCUUGAACUUGAUGAGGUACCACCAUAACAGGUCCUGUGACAUGGUCGAAGUGAUCCAAGCGACCAUUCUAUUGUCCUAUCUGCUUCUCGAAGUCGAGGGUUUCUCUCACCGUGUUCAUUCCUACUUCACCAUUAACGUCUUUAGAGCACGCGAUCUGUCCCUCCACAAAAUCGAUGCUCCGGGAUCCUGGGCACCUCGAAGCGCAGUUGAUAUGGAAAUCAAGCGCAGAAUUUGGUGGAAUGUGGUAACAACAGACUGGGUUCUUUCGCUUUCCGGAGGACCGCAAGAGGGCACGUAUUCGGUGCAUCCACGACAGAUGGCGGUCAACGUCCCUCGGAAUAUCGACAACAAAGACAUGAUUCACGGCAGUUCGCUGAUAGACCGUCCUCCCUCCGAGCCGACAACCAUGUCCUACCAUCUACAGCGCAUUAAACUCGCAAGUCUUUGUCGCGAGGUCGUCGACCUUAUUCCCAUAUCUGUGCACGACAUCUCGCCCAUCGAUUACCAACAAGUGAUCGCGCUGGACCAGCGUUUCGGUGCUUUCCUACAAGAGCUACCGAUAUUUCUCCGGAACGACAAACAAAGCAUCCAACAAAGCGAGCACGUCGUCGCUCGAUAUCCACAGUUACGAAUACAACGUCAAGCUCUGUCAAUGCUAGCGAAGACCAGGCGUUGCAAACUGCACCAGCCUUUCCUCAUUCGAGGGUCGGUGGACUCGCGUUACGCGUACUCUCGCACCAUAUCUCUUAAGGCAGCCCGAGCGGUACUCGAGGAAAGGUCACGGAUCGAAGCAGCCGACAAUUUGAAUCAUGUCGUCGACCGUCACCAGCUCAACAACGGCUAUCUGAUAUACCAUACAUUCAUGGCCACCAUCGUCCUCGUCAUGGAUCUGUGCUUCAACCAAAAACCGUCCCCCAACAACAGCAGCAGUCACAGUUUCGACGACGAAGACGACGAGACCAGGGUCACCAAAGCCGAAGUCAUGAAAGCCUGCCGCAGUCUCCAUCAAGAUCAGAGUGCGCCGGGCUUGGGCGUCGCGUAUCUCGCAUCGCUCAUGGACGUAUUGAGAAAGUACCAGAUCAGACUACGUCCGCCGAGCAACGAGCGUGGUAAGAACAAAGCACCAGUUCAGCCCAACACCAACGUCGUCCCUCACCAGAUGACCACCUCUUUCGCUCAAUUGCCGUUCACGCCCGGCUCAAACUCGGCGGCCCCUGACUUGACACUAUCGACAACAGCCCCAGUUCGGCCCAUCGUCCGACCGCUCCGACGACCCGUAACAAACGGCACUCCCGGCGACCAACCUCCCAACACCAGCAGCGUAGGAGGCGGCGACGACUCCUUCACCCAACUCAACCUCAACCUGGGAUCGUCCGCCAAUAACGGGCCUUAUUCGUUCGGUGGUGGCGAUCAAUGGCCCGCCACCGGAUCCGUUGCCCCUGGGCUCGCGCAACCGCUGCAGGCGUGGUUGGUCGACUUUGAAGACAUCUGGAACGACUAUGUCGAGCUGGGCCCAGAACUCGAGAGACCAUAUUGGGACAGUCUUUUUUCGGACUUGGGCCCGGGGAUGGCAGCUGUGUGA